UGGGAUUUCAAAAAUGGGUAGCCCUUGCAGAAAACCAAAUCAAAACCCACUCUUAGAUUUCCGGUCAAUUCACGAUGAUGCUUGGUACACAGUUGAUACGCUGGUUCUUAGCAACCAAGACACUUCCCUAACUGUAAGAUUCAAUGAAUUUGAUGAAGAUAAUGACGAGGAGUUCAAUGUCCAAAAUUUCAAAACUGCCAAAGAAUUAGAUGAUUUUAUAAAGAGGUUUCGUCCGGCUUGUGUUCAGCUACAGGAUGAAGAGUGUAAGAAUGUGAAACGUUUUUGGUUCGUCUGUGCACUGCUUCAACAUGGGGAAGACGAUCAUAAGUUCUACAAUGCCUUCAUUGAAUCGAUAAACCAUGAACCUCACACUCGCAAAGGAGGAGAAGAGAGUUGUUCUUGUGCAUUUGUGGUUUGUUGGUUGGAAGGCCCAAAGGCUGGGGAAACUGAACAGAUGUGGCUUGAACGUAUUUGUAAAGUUCAACUAGGAUCCCCAGUAUUUGAUCACGCGCUGGCAUGUUUCGUCAAGAUGUCACGAGCACAGCUUGAAUUGGUUUCUACGCCAGUCAAAAAGGAAUGCGAAGCUACAAAAUCGGAGAAUCUUACUAAACAUCCUUGUUAGACUGCCCGUGAAGUCGAUCUUGCAGUUCAGGUGUGUAUCGAAAGCCUGGUGCAAGUUAUGGAAGCACCCUCGUUUAUCAUGUUACUGAAAUGAACAAUAUUCAUACAAUGAGAAACACUUACCCUCUUCCUAAUAGCACAUUGCCUAUAACUUGUGAUUUAUCAUAUACAUGGAAUACCCAUUUUGAUUUCAUCUAUCCUUUGGGGUUAAGAAGUGAUGGCAUUAUGUUUGGGGUAACUAUAAUGGUUUUAUUUGUAGCCCCGGAGAGGAUGAUGGUGUUGUUCUUUGUUAAAGAGCAUACGGAGGUACCAAGUGUCUGAUUGAGUCACGCAAUGAUAUUAGUUACUUCAAGUAUGGGUUUGGUUAUGGUCUUGAGACUCAUGAAUUUGAGGUGCUACACAAUGCAGGGUUUGAGGAUGAAUUUUGUUGCAAAGUUCAGGUAUACACAUUAGAAUCUAAAUCCUGGAGAAGAAUUGAGAAUAUAACCUUAGUAUCUUGAUCAAGGACAACAUGGUAUGGCUCUAGUGAAUGUCAAUUACGUAACUAUGCAGCAACUGGCCCUUUGGCAUCUGAACUCCACGAAGUUAUACUUUCUUUUGAUUUUAAGGAUGAGAGAGAUUCAAUGAACGGCCGCUACCCAGCUUUUGCGAUGAAUAUGCGCAGACAAGUUUAUGUGCAUUGGGAGGGUCCCUUUGCUUACUUGGUAACACGAGUGUAGAAGUCGUGGCUGCAUAGAUGUAUGGGAGAUGAAAGUGUACAGAGUGAUAGAAUCUUGGGAUAAACUUUUCGCCAUUUUGCACAGAACUAUUCGUAAGUUCUCUGGAUACUUCUUCCUGUUUCACACUCCCCAGGAUUUCAAGAUUUUAUUAGGAUAUGUCACUGGUGACAAUGUCGAAUUUCAUCUAGAUCUAUAUGACCCAGAGAACACAACCUACUUUUCUCAAAUAAGCAGUUUCAAACUUGGUGUUCCUGAAGAAUCUUUCAUUAAUUCUUAUGGUUUAAUGUAGGUUUUGAAUCUGACUAAUGACAAUUUAAUGUCUAUGGCAUUUUGCAUUUGUGUGUAUGUACGUGCGAAUUAUGGAUAUGUAAGUUUCUUAAUUUUAGUCUAUCA